CAUUCUCCCUUCCGAUGUGACAGAAGGACCUUGCUUCUCUUUUUUGGGGGAAUCAUCUGCCCUUGCCUUAAAAAGCAAGGUCAGAGGUGUACAAAAUUGAAUUAAUAUCCCCUUCAGUCCAAUGAAAAUAACCAAAUUGUAGGGAGCAUAAUAUUAUGCUUUCAUUCUGUGGAAGUCUUCCAAGAUCAAUCACAUCAGCUUAAUCAGCUGGUCAGAAGUGUUUGUUUGUAUACAGAAUGAGGUUAAUAAAUCAAGGGCAAAAAACUGAAGAAGGUCCUACUGUUAGAGAAAGGCAAAGUUUAUGGUUUAUUGAUUCCAUGAGAGCAGUUUGGAAUUUGGCUAAUCUUUUGCAUUAAAUAUGUAGUGCAAUGCUCCAACUGUGUACCUGAAAUUAGCUGAGUUUUUAUUUGAAGGAUUAAAGCUGAAUUUUUUUUAAGUGUUUUCUUUAAAAAAAUAUCUAAGAAUAUUUUCUUAUAAUCAAUUUUAUUUUGAAAUAUAAUUCUGUUGCAACUUCUUCCCAACAUGGAAAACUUUUCUCAGGGUUUAAAUUGUUGUGGUCGACCUAAGUGGUUUAACUCUAUGUUUAAACAGUGUGAUGUACCUGAUUGCUGUUGUGGUUGUUGUUCAGCUUUACGUCCUCGCUAUAGGAGGCUUGUAGAUAACAUAUUUCCCUCUGAUCCUCAAGAUGGGCUUGUUCGCAAUAAUAUGGAAAAACUUACAUUUUAUGCCCUUUCAUCUCCUGAAAAACUGGAUCGUAUUGGAGAAUACAUAGCGUGGAAAGUUUCAAGAGACAUUGCAAGACACAGACAUGGAUAUGUAAUUAUAGCAAUGGAAGCUAUGGAUCAAUUGUUACUUGCAUGCCAUGCUCAGAGUUUAAAUUUGUUUGUUGAAAGUUUUUUGAAAAUGGUGCAGAAAUUAUUGGAGUGUCAUGAAGCAGAUAUGCAGCUCCUUGCUGCUCAGUCGUUUGUCAAGUUUGCUAAUAUUGAGGAAGAUACUCCUUCAUAUCAUCGACGUUAUGAUUUUUUUGUUUCAAAAUUCUCCUCCCUCUGUCACAAUAACAAUGAUGAUUUGGAGACACGAAAGCGAUUGAGGGUUGCUGGGUUGAAGGGGAUCCAAGGUGUUGUCAGGAAAACAGUUAGUGAUGAUUUACAAGUGAAUAUUUGGGAUGAAACUCAUAUGGAAAAAAUCAUACCUUCCUUAUUAUUUAAUAUGGAAGGGCAUUGUGGGAGUUUGACUGAAACCCCUGAUUCCCCUCAGGAAGAAGCCAAUCCAUGGUCUCUCGCUGAAAAUUGCCUUCGAGAACUCAUGGGCAGAGCAACUUUUGGCAAUAUUCGUUCUGUUAUUAGACCUGUAUUAAAGCAUUUAGACAAUCAUGAUUUGUGGGAACCCAAUGAUUUUGCUGUUCAUACCUUCAAAAUAAUUAUGUAUUCCAUUCAGGCUCAAUAUUCAUAUGCGGUUAUUCAAAUUUUAAUGGGCCACUUAGAUGAAAAAUCACGUAUUGAUGAUACUGAAAAAAGGAAAAAGAAGCUGAGAGCUGAUGCCAAGGUUCGUACUGGAAUAGUUAAUGUGCUUGCGAACAUAGUUUCCAUAGCUGCAGGGGAAAGCAUUGGUCCCUCAGUUCUGGAAAUUUUCAAUUCGUUGCUGAAUCACUUAAGGCAUUCUAUUGAUAUUAGAACAACCAAUGAAACAGACCUGAUUGAUGAAAAGCAUUUUCAAGACUGCGUUAUCAAUACUUUGGGUGAAUUUGCUAACAAUCUACCUGAUUUCCAAAAGAUUGAAAUUAUGAUGUUUAUAAUGGGUAAAGUACCUCUACCAACAGAUGAAUCCCAGGAAGCUGAUGUUUUGUUACAAAAAAUUCUCUUGAAGAGUUUGUUGAAGGUUGGAACUAAAUAUAGGACUGUACAAAUGUGUCAAGCAUUUCCUCCAGCUUUUGUGCAACCACUGCUGCAAAUGUCUCUAGCAUCAGAUCCUGCUGUUAGAUUAACUGUGCAACAAAUUCUGCAUACUUUAUUGGAUAGGCACAAUUAUUUACCAAGUCUGAAUAAAGUGUGUGUUUCAGGUCCAUUGCCUGAUAUUAAAAUUGAAAAGUGCUCAAGGCAGGAUUCUAUGUUUUUCAAGAAAAAUGGUCCUGACAUUUUAAUGCACAUGUUUGAAAGUGUUCAACUAGCCAAUAAUACAGCUGAGAAUUUCCAAGCUAUUUAUACCACAUUAUCUUUAAUAUGUGUAGAAUUUGGAACUGACAAUGAUGUACUGAUUGAAUUGCUCCGUCUUAUAUUUGCAAUCCAAGAACUUCCAGCAAAAUCAACUUUGUUAUCUUCUGGGCAACAUUGUGCAAUGCAUAUCUUAGUUGCUGGAUUUUUGUAUUUCUUAGGCCAUCUCACUGCUAUACCUGCAUUCUGUACACAUGUUGAUCAAGUUGUGAAAAAUCGUUCUGAAAGUGCCCGUCAACUUCUUCCUGAUGAUAGUUUCACAUUCGGUUUGUUCAAUUCCCUACCUGAAACUAUUGAUGAAAGUGUUUUGUUUAGUAGUACAGUCAUAGCUGAAGCUUUGCGAAGUAGUGGGCAUACAUAUGACACAACUCGUUUGCUUACCCCUUAUAUUCCUCGGAGAGUGGGGCAAGUCACUGUAACAAGGAGCAUAAGCGAUCUUAAUUCUAUUAGUGUUGAAGUUGACAGUGUUAAUUCUUCACCUGGCAUUCCAAGGAAACAUCCUGAAGAAGAAAUAACUGUCGAAUCUCUUAAACGAAUGUUAGCUGAAUCGCCCACUGCUAAACGGCAAGCAGAAGAUGAACGCCGCUUGCGUAUCAUUGAAGAGUUUAGAACUGCUGCAUUUGAAGAUCUUGUCGCAAAAGCUGAACAACAGACUGUUGAUCUACAAAACAAGUUGAACGAAAUUUUUGGGAAAGUUCCUGCUGCUGUUGACAUUUCUUCCCGACCUAAUUCACCUCACCCUAACAGUCGUGAUGAACACAGACAAGCUCCUCUAGCGCCACCUGUUUGUAACAUUAAAUUUCCCAACCAUUUUAUUUAUUAAAUUUUCUGUAUAUUAUGAACAAUUUUUAUCUAAUCUAUAUAUUUAUUUCUAAAAAUAUAGACAAUUUAUUUCUGUAAUAUUUUGUUAUCAUUAAGGAAAAGUUUAUAUUAAAACUUGAUGUCUACUUAAUAUUGCAUUAAAAAAUAUUUUAAUUUAUCCAUUUCUUGUUAUGUUUACAUUUAAAGAAAAAUCAGGCAUAUUUUGAAGAGAGAGAGGGGGGGAAAAAAAAGCAAUUUUUGUGGACUUUUACUUUUUUAAAGCAAAGUAAUGAUUUUUUUUUAAAAUUUUUAAUGUGUUAUCUCUAAAAAGCACAGAUUAUAAAAGGAUCCAUUAAUGCAUUUUUACGCUCUACAAUGCAUCAGUAUAGCGCAUUUUUCAAAAAAGUAAAUUAAAUAUUAAUAUUUAAUAGUUAGGUAUAUCAAUACUAUUAAUUGCAAUAAAUGUUUUAAAAUAUUAGAAACUGAAUGUUACAAUAAAAUAUCUAUUAUAAAACUAUGUAUGGUUAGGCAUACUCUGUAAUUUAUAAGUAAAAAUGUAAUAUGGUAGUUACAAGUUAUAAUUUCUUUUUUUCUCCUCUCUUUUAUACAUUGCAUAUCUUAGUUACAAUUUAUCGUUUCUUUUUUCUUUUUUUUUUUUUUUCUUUUUUUUUUAAGUUAGGUACUCAAAUUAGAAAAUCAGUGUUUAGUAAUUGUAAGAGCAGUUGUUGUGUAGCUCGAAACAUUUUUUUGAUGUAUAUUAAGAAAUGUGUUUGUGUUAGAAUAAAAGAAUGUGUAUGCUAAUUUAUCUGUGCUAUUUUAGAGAAGAACAGCGUUUUUAUUAGUAUUAUAAAAACAUGACAUGUUUUUUUAUUGUAUUGUUAUCGUAACUCUGAAUGUGCUUGUUGAAGUAGUUUAUUUUUGUCUUGAUAGUCUGUUGUUUUAAGCUAAAGCAAUAUUCUAAAUUUUAAUUCAUUCUAUCAUUUUUAAAUAUUCUUUGAAAAAAUGAAUUUUGCAACAUGUAAUUGUUACAUACUUAUCACUUUAUGUGUUUAUUUUACUUUUUUUUUCAUAUAAAAAUAUAAUGCAUAAAUUUUUAUGGGAAGGAAAACACUUUUAUAAAUUUGUAUGUCAGAUUUUGUAUUUUAGUUCAUAUAACAAAAUAUGUAUGUGUGCUUUUUUAAAAUUUAUUUGUAAGCAAAGUAUUUAAUUGACUGUGAUUAUUUAUAUAUAAUAUAUAUAUAUUAAUACUAUUUAUUGUUUUGUUAUUAUUUUAUAAAGUUUAUUUCAUGUUAUGAUAUUAAAAUACUGUUUAUAUACUGUAUGAAUAAUAUAUAUUAUCCUAAUUUUUUUAUUUUAUAUCAUUCUUAUACCAAAUCUAUGAAUGUGCAAUUUCAGAUUGCCACAGCUAAUAAUAUCUAGCAUAAGGAUUUUCUUUUCAAUUAUUUUUAAAAUUUUAUUUAUGAAAAGUAAUUGCUGAACAUAUUUAAAAUAAUUAUUUACGAAAUUGAAUAUACUGCAUUUUGCAAGUUUGAGACAAGAAGCAUAUUUUACAAAUGAAAUAUCAAAUGAAUUGUGAAAUGUGAUAUUGCAUAUUUAUUGUCCUGAUACCUUAUCAAGAAGUGUUCAGUGUGAUUAAGCAAAAUAGUCUUUCAAAAUUUAUGAAAUAUAUGCAGUGUUUUGUGUUUUUAAACUUGAAAUACUUAUUUACUACCACAGCUUUCAUGAACUAUUGCACUUGACUGCUGCUAUAGCUUAUAUUGAAUUGUAUCUGUGUAGAUUUUAAUAAAAUAGUAUCAUGUGUUGCA